GACAUUGUCAUGUAUGUCAACUCUCCAGGAGGAUCAGUAACGGCAGGAAUGGCCAUAUUUGAUACCAUGCGGCAUAUUCGACCUGAUGUCUCCACUGUCUGUGUUGGACUCGCUGCAAGUAUGGGAGCUUUUCUUCUCAGCGCGGGCACCAAAGGAAAGAGAUAUAGCUUGCCAAAUUCAAGGAUAAUGAUUCACCAGCCUCUUGGUGGUGCUCAAGGUGGCCAAACUGAUAUAGAUAUACAGGCUAAUGAGAUGUUGCAUCACAAAGCUAACCUGAAUGGGUACCUUGCCUACCACACUGGUCAAAGCCUUGAGAAGAUUAACCAGGACACAGAUCGUGAUUUUUUCAUGAGUGCAAAGGAAGCUAAAGAGUAUGGGCUAAUCGAUGGUGUCAUCUUGAAUCCCAUGAAAGCCCUUCAACCUCUUGUAGCAGCUGCUGAACAAUCAUAGCUGAAUUCCGAGGCUGGUCAAUUUUCUCCCAUCAUUUUUCUCUCGCGCUUGGAUGAUGUUAUUGAUAGUCAUGACUAGAGAUUGUAAUUGAUUACUGGGUUUUGGGUAGAAUUAUCAUUCCUGCUGCCAGGAGCAAUUGUACACGAACGUUUACAAGUUCAUCAGAGCGACAGUAAGGGAAGAGUAAAAUGUAUCUGACCUAAUCCCAUAAAUGUUUUUCGCGCAGGUCUUGAUGUUUCUUUUAAAGAUUAUUUUCUACUCUCAUUUUUCCUUUAA